CGUCCCUACGUCCUUCCGCUCAUUCUCCACUUGAUUCCCCACCUCACUAUUCCUCUCAAAAUGACGAAGCGCGCAUCCCCUGGUGCAGACACCGAGAAGAGCCCGUUUGCGGACUACGAGACUCGUGAUGAGGAUAUCGUCAAGCUCAAGGACCUGCAGGAGCAGGAUGAGCGGAAGCAACUUGCCAGCGAGUUCUACCACCUGAAGCUGCUUCAACCUUACUUCGAGAAGCGCCGCGCGACCUUGAAGUCGAUCCCCAAGUUCUGGCCGAUCGCCCUCAUGAACAUGCCUCAGAUCGCCAUCUACCUUGGCCACAAUGUCGAUCAGCAAGCAUUGAGCUACUUGGAGGACCUCUGGGUCGUUCGUGACCCGGUUGAACCGCGGGCUUUCACCCUCGAGUUCUACUUCAAGGAGAACCCUUACUUCUCCAACACGGUCCUGAAGAAGGAGUUCAAGUACGCGCCGGCUGGUGACGCGGACAAGAGCAAGGUCGAUGAGGAUGGCGUCUCCGAUGCCCACGCCGACUUCAGCUGGGAGCGUGAUGUGAAGCCGCAGGCCACGAAGAUCGACUGGAAGGACCCGGAGAACGCGUUCACCAAGAAGUACCCGCGUCAGGUGUCGGAGGAGGAUGGCCCUGACGACCUCUCGGGCGACCCGGGCAGCUUUUUCAACUUUUUCGAGGUUGAGUCGGACCCUCUGGACCUUGGCGCCUCUGUCUUGGAGGUCUUCAUGGAGCCGAUCCCUGCAUUCUUCGGUGAGGCCGAGGAGAUCGACUCUGAGGACGAGGAAGACGAUGACGACGACGCGGAGGAGAUUGACCUAGAGAAGCCUCGCGCGAAGAAGCAAAAGGUCUAAGGCAUUCUUCCUUGGACUACUCUGGCUUUUCGGCCAACCGUGCCCAGGCGCGUACUCAUACCAUGUCUCGUGUUGUAACUGUUAUACAGUAUCUACGUGCGAAUUUAUAUAGAUAUCUUGGUGUGACGUUAACCCCAUGGUGGCCCACGGCACCCCCCGAUGACCGCAGCAAGUCGAACCAGUGCCCGCGAGCUCGAGGAAAUGGGGUGCG